AUGGUGUUUGUGCAGCUGCUUCUGCUCAAGGUUGCGUUGGACAACCGGCCCUCUCCGGGGAUGAAGGAGGGCAUCGAACACAUCCCGUUUAGCGGACACCGCCAGGAGUCGGAUCUGGGGUUCGCGCGGCCCUACAAUUUCUGGCGCUGGAGGAGCGAGCGGCCCUACUGGACCUUCCUGGGGUACUUCGUCCUCUCGCUCUUUGUCGUCCACGUCUUCCUCCCCUUCAUCUCCCGCACGGAAUCCUAUAUCAAUUUCCUCGGAUUUGUCGGUCUCGCUGUCGAAGCCUUCCUCCCGGUUCCCCAGGUGCUGGCGAACCAACGCUCGCGGUCUUGCAAGGGAUUCCGGCUGUCCGUGCUGGUGGCAUGGCUUCUGGGUGAUGCGAUGAAGAUGAGUUAUCUGUUCUACACCAAGGACGUCAUCCCGGUGGCAUUCAAGAUGUGCGCCAUCUUCCAAUGCAUCUGCGACUGCUAUCUGGGCGUUCAGUACUGGAUGUUCGGAGACGGCUGGACAACGGUGGGCACUCGGGAGAAUGGCCAGCCAUGGGGGUCAGAAGAGAAGGACAUCCGGCUGACCUAG